AUGAUCACUCCUAGCUUCCUCCCUUUUCUCCUGGCCAUCGCCCACCUGGCACAACCCUCCACGGCCCAGUGGCAAGCCGGCAAGGGGGCGCAGGUCAACUUCUACCGCGACACCAGCUGCUCCCAGUUCCAGAGCUCCGCGACGGCGUGGUGGGACAGGUUCCCCCGGGUCUCCGACUAUGCUCCGUACAGCGACGAGCCCGAGUGCCUCAGCCUCAACCCUCCCGGCGACGCGAGGAGCGUCAACGUCGCGGCCAUGUGGAGGCACGACAGCAGCGCGUCCAGCUCCGGCAUCUGCAACUUCUUCGACGGGGCCGUUUCGGCGCUGCCAUUACUCAUUUCCAACACCGACGUACUCGAUACUUACGAUUAUGUCGUCGUUGGCGGCGGCACCGGUGGGAUGACCCUCGCGAGCAGGUUGUCCGAGGACGGCUCUAGUAUGUGCUGUUUCGCCGUAUUCAAGGGUCACCGGACUUACAUCAUUAUAGGCACUGUUCUACUUAUUGAGGCGGGUCCAUUGGAUGACGGCGACAAAGAGAUUAGGAUUCCCCGCUUCUACGUUGGAGCAAGAAGUGGGAUCCCCGAGGACUUCAAAUAUGCAUGGCACAUCAAAACAACCCCGCAGACUGAACUCGGCAACCGUAGUAUAACUAUCGCCCAAGGGAAACUGGUCGGAGGUGGGAGUGGUAUCAACGGGAUGGUCUACGACCGCGGCCGAGCGGCAGACUACGACUCGUGGGCGGACAUCGGUUCGAAAGGGUGGGACUCUGCCAGCUUGCUCCCGUACUUCAAAAAGGCUGAAACCUUCACGCCUCCACCGGAGAAGCAAGCGAACGAGUUCAAGAUUACCUGUGAUCCCGAUUGCCACGGCUUUGAGGGACCGGUUCAGUCUAGUUACCCGGCUUUCGUGUACCCGCAGCAUAAUGACUUCAUGGAUGCUAUGGAUUCUUUGGGAGUCCAGAGACCUUUGGAUCAGUCGUGUGGUGAUACCCUUGGCGCUUAUCUGUCAACACACUCGAUUCAUCCGGUCAAUCGAUCGAGAUCAUACCCGCGCGUGGUCUUUUACGACCCUGCGGUUGAUCGGGCUAAUCUUCACGUGCUAACUGAGCAUCAAGCGACAAGACUGAUCACCGAAGUUGUUGAUGGAAUGGUGAAAGUGACUAGCGUCGAGUUCGCUGCGUCCCGUAACGCUUCAAAACAAAUUGUUGAUGUCCGCAAAGAAGCUGUACUCUCGAGCGGGGCUUUGCACUCCCCACAAUUACUCCAGCUGUCAGGUAUUGGUAGCUCGAGUCGAUUGGCAAAGCUCGGGAUCAACUCGGUGGUUGACCUGCCCGGAGUGGGACAAAAUCUCCAGGACCAUUACAUUGCACACACCAGCAUGUCGAUCAAUCCAGAUCUGGAACAGGCCUCUGACCUCACUACUAAUGCCACAUUCGACAAGGAGCAAGGCGAACUGUAUUACGCGGAAAGACAAGGUCGUUGGACAGCUGGACCUCUCUCUUCCUUGGCGUUCUUGCCUGUCCUUAAUUGGACCGAGGACGGUGAAGCAAUACUAUCUGGAAUGGACGCCAAAACCGCGACGAACUAUUUGCCGGAAGAUACCGAACCAUCCGUAAAGGCAGGGUACCGAGCGCAAGUGGAACACAUCGUCAAGAUGCACAAGGAACGUAGCACUGCGGGACAAGAGCUCAUGUACGUGGGCGGGGGCACUGGCCUGACCAGCAUCCUGCUUCAUCCUCUCAGCCGAGGAUCAGUGCAGCUCAAGUCCACGGACCCCUUCGACGACCCGUUGGUAGACCCACGUUACCUUAGUCAUCCCUCCGACGGUCAGCUCCUUGCCGAGUCUGUCAAAUACAACCGGAAGAUCAUAGCAACGGAGGCACUGCAGCGGACCGGGGCAACGGAAACAUUCCCGGGCACCAAUGUGACCUCUGACGAAGCCAUUCUCGAGGCCCUGAAGCCCAUUAUCACCACGGUGUGGCAUCCGGCAGGCACCUGCGCGAUGAUGCCUCGGGAAGUCGGUGGUGUGGUAGAUUCAGAGUUGAAGGUAUAUGGUGUCGAGAACCUACGGGUUGUUGAUGCCAGCGUUAUGCCGAUACUCCCAGCCGCACAUAUGCAGGGUACCAUCUACGCCAUGGCUGAGAAGGCUGCGGAUAUGAUGACGGUCAGUGCUUAG